CCAGCCGCCACUUAGCCCCCCUCCCUCUUACGGGUGCUGCAGUAAGUUGGACGCGCAUGCGCACUUUCGCUCCUCUUUUCCUUGGAAGUAGCCCAGAAGCAUUGCAUCAUGUCAGAUCCCGAGCUUGACUUCGGGACCGUGGAGUCCGGCGCCUCGGCCACGUAUCCUAUGCAGUGCUCUGCCCUGCGUAAGAAUGGCUUUGUGGUGCUCAAAGGCCGUCCCUGCAAGAUCGUGGAGAUGUCCACCUCAAAGACUGGCAAGCACGGCCACGCUAAGGUUAACUUGACUGGCAUCGACAUCUUCACCCAGAAGAAGUAUGAAGAUAUGUGCCCCUCCACCCACAACAUGGAUGUCCCCUCCAUCAAGAGGCUAGACUAUCAGUUGCUCAACAUCACCGACAACUUCAUGUGCUUGAUGGCCGACAACGGCGACAUCCGGGAGGACCUGCGCGUUCCCGACAACGAAGUCGGCAAGGAAAUCGAGACAAAGUUUGAGGCGGGCGACGAAUUUCUGGUCACCGUGAUGUCCGCCAUGGGGGAGGAGUGCGCUGUGGCUACCAAGGUCCUGGCCAACAAAUAAGGAGAUGGACCUUGCAGCCCCGGCAACAAGCACCACCCACAACCAGUCUCUUGCAUUCUCAUUGGUUCUGUCACCAAAGCGUCGGCCUUCACUGACAACCUCAAUCAUUCUUUUGUCAUUUCUUGAUUUCCUCGCAUCUUGCUUUCUCCCAUCGCUGUCGGGAAUAUUUGGGUGCAGCUCGCUGCCUGAUCACUCGCAUUUUUGGGGGGUAACGCGUUGACUUUGUAGAAAAUGACGUCAAAAGACAAAAAUCAUUAUCAGCUGCUCCUUGCAUCUGCUUAUUUUCGCCUUCACAGUGUUGCUCACAUUCCUGAAUGUUGAAAUAACAACAAUGGGAUUCAGCUUUUGCAUCCUUUUUUUUUUUCUUUAGAUAGAAAUCUUUUAGAGCGAGGCUAGGGGCCUCCCUAGAUAUUAGAUCUGCUUGGGGGCGCCCCUCUCGCGUCAAGCUUCUCCAUUGACAGGAUGUUGGCGGCGGCGAGCACUUCUGGCUGCUUAAGCUCCACCCCAGCACCACCAAUUCCAAAACCAGGAAGUCCCCCACCAAGUCCCACCAUACCACUUAGACACGCGAGUGAUUUUCUUCCCUCAGAAUGCUGUGAGGACCGCGUGCAGCGCCCCCCCCCAGCCAUCCUCCCAAUACUAAACGAAUGCUUUUUUUUAUUUGUCUUAUCCAAGAGGCGCAAUUUGAAUGCAGUGUGAGCUUCAGACAUGUGGGAGGCGCUUUGCAGUGAGCUUUCUGUUUGAGGAACUCAAAUUCGGGUUGGGGAGGGUGGCGGCCGCAAACUUUUUGUUCACUCGAGGCCUUUGUCACCUGACCGGAGAUGGCUGAAAUAAAACAUUGAAACAAAUGGAUAAACUCCAAACAUGUCUCCUUUUGUGUAUCUUUUGUCUGAAAUGGCUGGUAAGUGUGCUUGGAGUAGAUGAAAUUCACUCCUGCUGUAAGCCAUACGUUUUGGUCCAAAUGAACCAUAUUUCAACACACUAGUAGAGUACCUGUAUCAAGGAUAUUGAAUAAAUGCUAAAAUGACUUUC